AUUGCGACGGAAGUGAGUACUUUUCUUAAUAAUUUUUUAAAAACAUGGCGAAAGAAGACGAGCUGAAAGCAAGUGGAUCCCACGUGGGUAAACAAAAGGCCUUGAAGCGUUACUUUAAUACUGGGACCAACAGAGAGGAAACCCCAGCAAAAAAGAAACCUGUGCAAAAAGUGGCAAAAAAUGCAAGAGGCAAAAAGAAGAGUAAGAAGAUUGUCAUAUCUGGGAAAGAAGACCCUUUCGUAGGAGAUGUACCAGUUCCUGCCGGUAAACUGGAAAAAUUUUCACGUGGGGAAAAAAAUGAAUUGAAAAAUCUGUCAAGGGGAAGACUAAAAGAUAUAGUGAUAAAAUCAGAAGAAAACACAAGUUUGGCACAGAAGCAAGCAGCACGAUAUGACCUGUUGCUUCCAGAAGAGGCCGGGUUUUUAGAGGGUGAUGAUGGUGAAGAUACAUGUACAAUCUCUCAAGAAGACAUAGCAGAAGCAGUGGAUAUUACCGCUGGAUCUAAACAUUUCAAUCUCACUCUCAAUCAGUUUGGACCAUACCAGUUGGACUACACCAGUAAUGGCAGACACCUCAUUUUGGGAGGACGUCGUGGUCACAUUGCAGCAAUGGAUUGGCACACAAAGCAACUUUUGUGUGAGAUUAAUGUCAUGGAAACAGUUAAUGACAUCAAGUGGCUUCACACUGAAACUAUGUUUGCUGUUGCACAAAAAAAAUGGCUGUAUAUCUAUGACAACCAAGGAAUUGAACUUCAUUGUUUGAAGAAGUUUAAUGACGUUCUGAGAAUGGAAUUUCUACCUUACCACUUUCUGCUAGCCACUGCGAGUGCAACUGGAUUUCUGCAGUAUUUGGAUAUUUCAGUUGGAAAGGAGGUCAAUGCUAUAAACGCAAAAUGUGGGAGACUAGAUGUCAUGGCGCAGAACCCUCAGAAUGCCAUCAUACACCUGGGCCACCCCACAGGCACUGUGACCCUAUGGUCUCCCAGUCAGAAAGAACCAUUAGUAAAAAUGCUGUGUCACCGGGGAGGAGUGCGAUCUGUUGCGGUGGAUAACACUGGAACUUAUAUGGUGACUUCAGGUCUGGACAGAAAGCUAAAGGUGUUUGAUGUACGCACCUUUCAAGCUCUGAAAUCUUACGUUUUGCCAGCAGGAAGCAGUAGUCUUUCUAUUAGUCAGAGGGGCCUUUUGGCAUGUGGAAGUGGAAACACUGUCCAGGUAUAUAAAAAUGUUUGGGGAACCCCUGUCAAUAAACCUUACAUGGCUCACUCGGUGAAAGGAUCAGUUUGGGGAGUACGUUACUGCCCUUUUGAAGAUGUGCUUGGCAUCGGCCACACUAAUGGAUUUUCAAGCAUGCUUGUGCCAGGUGCUGGUGAGGCAAAUUUCGAUGCACUGGAAUCUAACCCCUUCCACAGUGUAAAGCAGAGACAAGAAUGGGAAGUAAAGGCCCUGUUAGACAAGAUCCAACCAGAACUAAUCAGUUUGGACCCAUCAUUACUUGGAAAAGUUGACAAAGCCACUUUGGAGCAAAGACACAAAGACAAAGUAGAAAGACUGGGAUAUGACCCUCUGUCUAAAGAAAAGUUUAUACCCAGAAAAAAAAUGAAAGGUCGAAGUUCAUCUGGAAGUACGCAAAAAAGGAAGAAGAAAGUUGCCUAUGAUGAACAAAGGGAGCUGAUCCAACAAGCUGUAGAAUCCAGGGAAAAAGCUAAGAAGGAACAAAUGAUCAAGGAGAAAAUUACUGCUCUGGGUAACAGGAAAGCAUUGGAUCGGUUCAAAAAGUCUGAAUAGAAAUGUUAAAAAGGAUUCAAACAAGAAAAUACCCAAAACUGCUUAAUUAUUUUACUACCAAUCCUGCUUAGAAGGCCCUGUCUUCUGCUGAGUGGAAAGAUUACAUUGAAUAUAGCAGGGUGAACUUAGAAAUGAGAGAUAACAACACAGAAUCUGUUUUUCAUGAAUGUUUUGAAAAUGGCUUUUUUUUUUAGUAUAUGUUUAGAGAAAAGGGUUAUGUAUAUAUUUAUAUAUCUGUACAUAUAUACAUUCAUGUUACCUACCUUGUAUGACAAUAGUGUUGAACCUUCUAGUGUCUAUUAAAAGAACACACAAUAAACAAAUCAUUCAAAAUAUA